CCAGCUUUUUGGAUGCCCUAUUGGGAGAUGUAUCUUUAACAUGGAUUAUGUGUUUGGUCGUCUUCUACAGCCCGAGGCAACAGUGUGUGUGCUACAUAUGAUAGAAGAAUUAAUUGUGCGAAGAGACAAGGCGAAUGGCUAUGUCACAAUAAGAAGCUGGUUUAAAAAUGUUUGUAUUUCAUGCCAGUAAUCCAAGGCUGGGGAAGCCUAGUAAGCCGAACAGUUGAAAAAGUUAAUUUUUUUUAAAACCCGGUUCAAAAAGAACAAGUAGUCAAUGUAUAUUUUACUGUGUUCCCCGAUUAUUUAGCAUUGAAUCUUUUAUUACACUGAAAUCAUGGUGUGAGGAUUGGUAGACAACAACGCUCCUCCCCCCCCUCCCCGCCCCUCAAUUCCCAACACACAUCUAGCAACUAAAGACUGUGUCAAGAUGACCUCUGAGGAAAUGACAGCUUCUGUUCUUGUCUCUGUGGCACAGGGUAAAGUGAUACCUGCUCAGUCAGCUGGAGAUGAAAAUACUGAAAAUGCUUUGGACACCAGUGUUAUAAAAAGACAUACUGCCAGGCCGGGAAGGCAAACCACACACGCUCUCUCAUACUUACACAGACUUGAAGAAGAAAGUCUUCAGGGCUCAGUGCCCAAAAUAUUCUCUCUGGCGAAAGAACAAGUGACUAAUGACAAUAGUAAUGAAAACUUCUGUGAGAGGAACAGCUCCAUCCCUGAUUCAGUGGAAUUUCUUAACAUUAACUGUAACAUUGUACCGAAAAGCUACAGGAGUAAUAUCCCGUGCAGCCAGUUGUAUAAAUCUUAUGAUCCUUUAGCAGGGGGAGAGGCAUGCCUGGAAACUGGAAUUCCUGUUUCACUGGAAAGAGCCAUGCUUGCUGAAAUUCAGUUGAAAAUGAAUGGAUCUUCGUUAAGAAACCAGACAGCAGUAAAUAAGAAUGACAGCAAUGAUACUGAUAAAGUGGCCUUUUUUCACUUUCAUUGUGCUAGUGAAAGGAACAUAUCAAAGGCUUUGUGCAGUUUACACAACGGCUUCAUUUUGGAUGACUGCUUGCAGCCAGUAAGUGUUGGCGAUGGUAACACCGCUGGUUCCCCGGCCUGCGCUUGCAGAUUAAUGGAAUUGACAGAUAGUUGUGAGAAUGAAAAUGGGCAGCAGGUAUAUGAAGACGCUUUAAGGGAUAAGUAUUUAUGUCUGGAAAGAGCACCACGAAAGGUUAAAGUGACAUGCUCAGGUCACAACUUUUGUGGAAAUAACUUUACUGGAAGAAUGCCCUCAAAGCCCUUUCUGAGCCAUUUUGAAGACUGUAAUGAUAACUGUGAAGAAGAGAUGGAAGAAGAUUUUUUUAGAAACAAAAAGGAACGUUCUACUUUAUUAAUAAGACGUUUCUGUAAAAAUGAUAAAGAGGUGAAAAAAUCAGUUUAUACUGGAACAAGAGCAAUUGUUAGGACUUUACCUUCAGGACACAUAGGAAACGUUGCUUGGAAUUAUGUUGAGCAAAGGAGAAACAACAGUGGCUUGAAGUUUUCUAGGAUUACAACAGAACAGCUAACUGUAAUUCAGUCCUUAAUAAAAUCGGAAUUUAAUUCCUUUCUUGAGAAGUCUUUAUGGUAUGAGAUCUUCAAUACAGUGAGAGAAGAAGGAGCAGAAGAUGCUUUUGAAUAUUUUCCUUAUCUUCUGAGAAAGCUCCCAACGUUUGCUACAGACUGUAUAUGCAAAGAUGGUGGGUUUUGUGUAGAACCAUGUGUAACAGGUGCAUACUGUCAAUAUCGUGCCACUUUACAGAGGACUGCACUCUCUAACUAUAUAACUGGUGCUUUACUAGAAGCAACUACAUCAUUAGGAGCAAGAAGUGGUCUUUUAAAUAUCUUCGGAGGAUCAACUGGAAGAACAAUGCUUAAAGAACGUCAAGCGUGUACAUCUAUGGCCGGCUCCAGCGUCCUUCCCUCCAAUGUGGCUGGUAUCAGCAAAGAGCUGAUCGAACUGCAGCACCUCAUCCAGUUCCCGGAGGAGGUUGCCAGCAUUCUGACCGAGCAGGAGCAGGAGCUCUACCGGAAAGUCUUACCCAUUGACUACCUCUGCUUUUUAACCAGGGAUUUGGGUAAUGCCGAAUGUCAAAGCAAACUGCCGUCUAUCAAAGCUUCCAUAUCUGCUACUAUUCUUUCUUCCCCCAAUGGUGAACAUAAUGCCGUAGAAGAUCUUGUGACAAGGUUUAAUGAGGUGAGCUCGUGGGUUACCUGGCUGAUCCUGACUGCAGGUUCUAUGGAGGAGAAACGAGAAGUCUUCUCAUAUUUAGUACAUGUGGCAAAAUGCUGCUGGAAUAUGGGCAACUACAACGCCGUAAUGGAAUUUCUGGCAGGGCUAAGGUCAAGAAAGGUUUUAAAAAUGUGGCAAUUUAUGGACCAGUCUGAUAUUGAAACCAUGCGAAGUCUGAAAGAUGCUAUGGCACAACAUGAGUCGUCAUCUGAAUACAGGAAAGUGGUCAACCGGGCACUCAAUAUUCCAGGCUGUAAAGUCGUUCCUUUCUGUGGUGUAUUUUUAAAAGAGCUUUGUGAAGUUUUGGAUGGAGCAUCAAGCCUCAUCAGACUCUGUCCACGAUACAACUCCCAGGAUGAAACAUUAGAGUUUGUUUCAGAUUACAGUGGACAAGAUAAUUUCUUGCAACGAGUAGGCCAAGAUGGAUUAAAUAAUCCAGAAAAAGAAUCAACAGCAAACAAUAUCUUUCAAACUAUUCGGAGCUGCAAUCGCAGUUUGGAAUCUGAAGAGGGUGAAGAUAAUUUUAGUGAAGGGAGCAAUUCAAGAAAAAACUCUUUGAAGGACAAAACCCGGUACCAUGCAGCACAUGUAAAGAAAGCUUCCAAUUCAAACCGAGUUCUGUUUAUAAUCGGAGAUCUUUCCGAUUCUGAAAAUGAUAUAUUUGAGCAGUUGAAGGAGUGGGACACAAAUUCAACUGAAGAGCAACAAAAGGCUUUCUGCCACGGGAUAGAACUCAUUCCCUGGUACGUGUUAUCUAUCAGGGCCGACGUCCACCAGUUCAUGCAACAAGGGGCCACCGUCAUUCAUUAUGACCAGGAGACACAUCUCUCAGCACGCUGCUUUCUUCAACUUCAGCCUGACAACAGUACUUUGACUUGGACAAAACCCACAACGGUUUGCCCUGCAAAUGCAAAGGCAAAACUGAGUGUGCUGGGUAAUACUGCUGAACUUGGUAAAUACCAGUUUCUUGGUAAUACUGGACUGGUGGAAGGUUUUUUGGACUUGUUUUCAGCCAAGGCUGUAUAUAUGGGACACUCUGGCAUCGAUAUGCACACUGUGUGUGUUCAAAAUAAACUUUGUAAUAUGUCCCUUGAAGAAAAUGGUAUAACACUACUUUAUGGACUUCAGACUACUGAUAAUAAGUUGCUGCACUUUGUUGCUCCAAAAUAUACUGCCAGAAUGCUGUAUGACGGAUUGCUGGAACUGACUAAAGCUGUAAGAAAAAUGAGGAGAUUCCCUGAUCAAAGACUACAGUGGCUACGGAAACAGUAUGUCAGUCUUUACCAGGAGGAUGGAAGGUUUGAAGGCCCGACCUUGGCUCAGGCUGUUGAACUGUUUGGAGGCAGACGAUGGAGUGCAAGAAACACCAGCACAGGAACUCUCACCAAAAGCACCGAGAAACCUAGUGUACAGAGAAACAACACUCUGGGAAUAAGCACAGCUAAGAAAAAGAAGAAAGUACUCAUGAGGGGUGAAAGUGGAGAGGCCACUGAUGAUGAAAUGGCAACUCGGAAGGCAAAAAGCUGUAAGGAAUAUCGUAAUAGAAGUGGCUCGGAUCCACAAGAUAUUGAUGAACAAGAAGAAUCAGAUCAAAAUAAUGUUACUAAUGCUUCUCCAUCUAACAACCUGCCAUCAAGAAGAGCUCACUCUCUGACAGCAUCUGGAUCUCCUAAUUUAGGAGCUACAACAUCUUCACCAGCAAGACCAGUCUCCUCUCCUGUAAUGUCUUCAAGCAAGAGUCAGUCUAGCACAUGGAGCAGCAGUAGCUGGCAUGGUCGCGUUAAAGGAGGAAUGAAGGGGUUUCAGAACUUCAUGGUGUCUGAUAGUAACAUGACUUUUGUGGAGUUUGUAGAGCUCUUCAAAUCUUUCAGUGUCCGUAGCCGCAAGGAUCUGAAAGACCUUUUCGAUGUCUAUGCUGUGCCUUGCAAUCGAUCCGGUUUAGAGCCUGCUCCACUUUACACUAAUUUGAAGAUUGAUGAAAACAGCAGUGGAUUUCAGCCUGAUUUAGAUUUGUUGACUAGGAAUGUUUCAGACCUUGGUUUGUUCAUUAAGAGCAGGCAGCAGCUAUCAGACAACCAGAGGCAAAUAUCUGAUGCUAUCGCUGCUGCCAGUAUCGUAACCAAUGGUACUGGCGUUGAAAGCACAUCUCUAGGAAUAUUUGGAGUGGGAAUCCAGCAGCUAAAUGACUUUCUAGUGAAUUGCCAAGGAGAACACUGCACCUAUGAUGAAAUCCUCAGUAUUAUCCAGAAAUUUGAACCCAGCGUGAAUAUGUGCCAGCAGGGGCUGCUAUCUUUUGAAGGAUUUGCAAGAUUUUUGAUGGAUAAAGACAACUUUGCCUCCAAAAAUGAUGAGUCACAAGAGAAUGCUGAGGACUUGCACUUUCCACUGUCAUAUUACUACAUAGAAUCUUCGCACAAUACGUACCUUACUGGCCAUCAGCUUAAAGGGGAGUCCUCAGUAGAGCUCUACAGCCAGGUUCUUUUACAAGGCUGCAGAAGCGUAGAAUUAGACUGCUGGGAUGGCGAUGAUGGGAUGCCUAUCAUUUAUCAUGGGCACACUCUUACUACUAAGAUCUCUUUUAAGGAGGUAGUUGAAGCUAUUGAUCGCAAUGCAUUUGUCACCUCUGACAUGCCAAUUAUCAUAUCAAUAGAAAACCACUGUUCAUUGCCUCAGCAACGCAAGAUGGCUGAAAUUUUCAAGAAUGUAUUUGGAGAUAAGCUGGUAACAAAGUUUUUAUUUGAGAGUGACUUUUCUGAUGAUCCCAUGCUUCCUUCUCCUGGCCAACUGAAAAGAAAAAUCCUGCUUAAAAACAAGAAGCUGAAAGCCCAUCAAACACCAGUGGAUAUAUUGAAACAGAAGGCUCACCAGCUGGCACAUAUGCAAGCACAGGCUAGCAAUGGUGCUAGCAACCCCACACCUACCAAUGAAGAGGAAGAAGAUGAAGAGGAUGAAUAUGACUAUGACUAUGAAUCUCUCUCUGAUGAUAACAUUCUUGAAGACCGACCUGAGAAUAAAUUAUCAAGUGAUAAACUGCAGUUUGAAUAUAAUGAAGAGACUGCCAAACGAAUUAAGAAGGCUGAUUGUGCUACCUACAAUAAUAAAGGAAAGGUUUAUGACAUGGAACUGGGUGAAGAAUUCUAUCUUCCACAAAAUAAGAAGGAAAGCAGACAGAUAGCCCCAGAGCUAUCAGAUCUUGUCAUUUACUGUCAAGCUGUAAAGUUCCCUGGCUUGUCAACUCUAAACCCAUCUGGCUCUAGCAGAGGAAAAGAAAGAAAAAGCAGGAAGUCCAUUUUUGGCAACAAUCCUGGCAGGCUGAGCCCUGGGGAGUCAGCUGCUCUUGCCAAAGCAUCUGGAAAAGGUCCUUUUGAUGUGAUGCGUCAGACCUGGGAAGAUCCUUGUUCUCCUUACAACUCUCCAGCUUCUCUCAGUGCUAUCAUAAGGACGCCCAAGUGCUACCAUAUCUCCUCCCUGAAUGAGAAUGCUGCCAAGCGGCUGUGCAGGCGCUACUCCCAGAAGCUGAUCCAGCACACCACCUGUCAGCUCCUGAGGACCUACCCUGCCGCCACGCGCAUCGACUCCUCAAAUCCCCAUCCACUGAUCUUCUGGCUCCAUGGCGUACAGCUCGUGGCUCUGAACUACCAAACAGAUGAUCUUCCUCUGCAACUUAAUGCAGCGAUGUUUGAGGCUAAUGGUGGCUGUGGAUAUGUUUUGAAACCUCCUGUUUUGUGGGAUAAAAGUUGUUCGAUGUACCAGCAGUUCUGUCCGUUAGAAAGAGAUCUUGAUAAUAAGGAGCCGGCUAUAUAUUCUUUAACAAUUGUGUCCGGGCAGAACGUCUGCCCCAGCAAUAGCACGGGCAGCCCGUGCAUCGAGAUCGAUGUGCUGGGGAUGCCUCUGGACAGCUGCCAUUUCCGCACCAAGCCCAUUCAUCGCAACACUCUCAACCCCAUGUGGAAUGAACAGUUCCUUUUCCGGGUGCACUUCGAAGAUCUGGUCUUUCUGCGGUUUGCGGUUGUUGAAAAUAACAGCUCGGCUAUAACAGCUCAGAGAAUCAUUCCCCUGAAAGCUCUAAAAAGAGGCUAUAGACAUGUCCAGCUCCAUAACCUGCACAAUGAAGCGUUAGAAAUUUCUAGUUUGUUCAUAAACAGUCGGAGAAUGGAAGAAAGUCCCUCUGGAAACACUCUGCCUGCAUCUAUGUUGUUUAGCACGGGGGAAAGGAAAGCUGCUGUGACUUACAAAGUGACAAUUCAUGGAAUUCCAGGCCCGGAGCCUUUCACUGUUUUUACUGUAAGCGGGGGGACCACGGCUGCACAGCUUCUCCAGCAGCUCUUGGCUACCACAAAAGGCACCGAGUCAUGUGCUGCAGACUAUUUUCUGAUGGAAGAGAAAAGUUUUAUAUCUAAAGAAAAGAGCGAAUGCAGAAAACCACCAUUCCAGAGAGUGAUUGGUCCUGACGAGGGGCUUGUGCAGCUUUUGAACAGUUGGUUCCCAGAAGAAGGAUACGUUGGAAGGAUUAUCUUUAAAACUCGAGAGGAAAAUUUAAAUGAGAGAAACAUCUUUCAGGAAGCAAAGGAAGAUGUUGCCAUCAGCUCUGAGGAUGACAGCUUCUUCGUUCAGGUACACGAUGUCUCCCCAGAGCAACCACGCACCGUCAUCAAAGCUCCACGCUUUAGCACGGCGCAGGAUGUCAUCCAGCAGACUCUUUGCAAAGCCAAAUACUCCUACAGCAUUUUGAGCAAUCCGAAUCCAAGUGAUUACGUGCUCUUGGAAGAGGUGACAAAAGAGCCAGCAAACAAGAAGUCCUCAACAUCUAAACCAUCUCAGAGGAUUCUCUCUGAUCAAGAGUGUGUGUUUCAGGCCCAAAGCAAGUGGAAGGGAGCAGGAAAAUUUAUCCUUAAACUCAAAGAACAGGUUCAGGCAGCACGAGAUGACAAAAGAAAAGGCAUUUCCUUUACCAGCGAACUCAAGAAGUUAACCAAGUCAAGCAAGCAGUACCGGGGAUUCAUCUCGCCACCGCUGCAGGUCUUGCCAGACAGUCCGCACAGCAAGGACGAUCGGGCUGCGUGCAGUUUGACUUUCAGCGACAUUAUGGAAUAACAACCACCACUGCCUACAGCACCGUCUGUUCAGUGCCUUUGAAAGAACCUGCUGCAGUCUGAACUGGUCAGCAACUGUGUGCUAGAGAUGCUGAGUCCAGGCAACGCCGCCGGAUUAACAUCCAGAAUCUGGGAAUCCUAAGUGGGAAGUUGUAGAUCGGCAAGAUGCCGGUCAGCCAUCGGAAGAUUCCCCUCUUCCCGUAUCUUCACAUCUGCAGAUUCUCGGUAGGCGGAUGAAGAAGUUUUCUUGGACGGUAUGUUGUAAACAAACAUUUGUCGUUGCCCUCCCCUUUUUAAACAAAAGUUAAUUUUAGCUACUUGCCUCUAGGGAAACUGAAGGCAGAGAACCAGAGCGUUCUUUUAUGUGUAUUAUAUUAAAAUAAUGCACUUUUACCUGAAGAUUUCUGUUAAACACUGUGUUAAGUGAUUGUAAAGAGAUUUUAAAUAUACUGUAACUUCCUUCGCAUGUCUGUUUAACUUUGGUGAAUAUACACAAACCGCUCAAAUUAUUUAUGUUUUAUCUACUUUAACAAAGUAAUGUACCAUAGCUAAAUACACCUAACUGGUAGUGAUACUUUGACAAGGAACAACAUUUUCUUCUUAUUAAUUCUAGUUUUCCAGGCUUGUGUUUAAAGAAAGAAUAUUUAUUAUCAUGUUCCAAAGUACAUGCCAUUGUAUAAUAUAUUUAUCGUACACUACUUUUGAGAAAAUGCAGAAUUUUUACCUCUCCCUGGGUUUAGAGGAAAAAUUGUUUGAACUUUUCUGGUUGUUUCUUUUCAGGACAAGAUGUUUAAUACCCAAAACUGACCAAACUCAAAACAAUGCGUAGAUAAAUGUAAUUAAGACUUCAAAACUUUGAAUUCAAAAUACAUUUUUCCGUACAGUCAGGAAACGUCAUUUUACUUGUCUGUUAAACCCAGAGAGUACAAAGAGCUCUUACACUAUAACUCUUGACACUUUUGUUUACAGAGAAACACUGUUGUAAAGUUUUAUGUUUGCUGAAUUCAUCUUUUGCUAUUUAAGUUAGUCGUGGUUGUCUCCUUUUUUUCUCCGUGGGAGUUAUUAAUGUGCUUAGUUAAAACAAUCCAUACCAACUUAAGAAACAGUUGCUGAAAUGGGUCACCCCUUUGCUUUCCCCCAAAUGGAUCUAUCUGUGGUGAAUAAAUUGCCCAGCACACGUUUUGUCUCCCUAGAGCAAUCCCUAAACAAAGCAUUUCAGUUCCCCGCUGUGACUAAAUCAAGAGCUCCAUGAAUGCAGGGAGUCGUUCCACACCAACUUGAGCGCUGGAGCUCCGAAGAGAGAGGCUGCGCCAGGCAAAGGCUAGCACAGCGGUGUCACUAAGGUGAGGCGUCCUCCCGAUAGCGCACGAACGAGAGUGAACGAAGUUACGGGCAGUCCUCCUGUGACAACUACACCCACCCAAUAAUUGGAAAAUGAAAUAAAAGAAAGCCAAGUCAUUAACUGGCACAUAAACAAGCAGACAGAACCUGCAUUCUGUCACCAGAAGCUCUGAAGUCUUUCACUGUACGCUCCAGAAAAUUCCUAUAAAGUAGCCGUUACCGAAGCAAAAAAGUGCCCUCUUGAGGUCAUUUCCAGCUUUCAUGGAAAAAUAACAAGACACACAAAAGAGUCAAAUUUCCCUGUGGUUUAUCCCCCAGAGACCACGCAGUUCCCACUGCUUAGCUUCAAUCCUGCUGCAGCAAACCAGCGGGUUGCGAUUCAGCAAUCGCAAGCCAAUUAAAACCCCCUCCCACCCCCCAGCUCAGCCGCUUCCCCCCGUAUUACCAACUCUCUGUGAAUGAGGCACAUCCCCAUGGCGCAGGCAUCGCACAAGACUGACGAGGAAAAUGUCAGGCGUGACAUCUUAUGCGUAGUUUUAUAUGCAUAGUUUGCUUUGGAAUGCUUUGGAAUUACUGGGACAUCAACCUACUGCACAAUUCAACUAAUGCAACUUUUCUUCUUUUAAUGUUAGUUUCAUUCGCUCUUUUAUUUUAACCCAGUAAGCAAUUCACAUCACUAAGAAUUUUUUUUCUUUUGGUGUUUUUAUGGCAUUUUAGAAACAAUACCUACUUCCCUAUAGAGUUUGCCCAUACCUGUUUGGCUUUCUUUUUUUUCUUCUUAUAUUCAGCAGCACUGAACAUAAAAUUCUUAGCAGUAGUAUCCUGCUAGUAGUAGCUACUAAGAUACCUGUAGUAUCUUAGUAGUCUGGAAGACACGCUUGCUAAUUCACUAGAUUCAACGUAGAAAGUUCUUACAUCCAUGUUAUCAUCUACUAAUGGUUUUCUGUCACAUAGAUUAAAAAAAAAACACCACACCAAAACAAAACACCAAACCUUGGGAAAUCAAGGGACAACAUGUCACAUUGUGUAACGCAGGUGUAACACUAGCCUGACGUCUAGUGGUAACUCCAACACAGUAGUUUUGUACUAUUUCUGCUAAGACAAUAUUUUUCUAGCUGUGGGAAUAGGUUAUUAAUGUAACUAUCAUCUUCCUUUAUCAAUCCAAGUCUGAAGCUGCUUUUGCUGCUGUUCAUCACAGUGAAAGAGAAGAGCAAAGUAUUUGGCUUUCUGUUAAAAACCCCUCAACUUCAUAGGCAUGGAGACAUCUGAAAUUGUGUAAGACUAAUUACUCCGUUCCAUUAUUUUCAUUAAUGUACAUAUAUCACUUAAUUUCAAGUUUAGAUAUUGGUAAACAUCCGAGUAAUCUUUUAUUGGUGAAAAGUACAUUUUGGGGUGACGCUGGAAAGGAAUACAGUAUCCUUCCCUUUGUGUUGGUUCCAAGUAUCCUGAUAAUGAAAAUAAAACACUAGUUGAAGCAUUAGACAGGGUUUUUUUUGUUAACUUUUGUGAAAGCCCAGUUAAACAGAUUCCGUGUGCUGAGUUAUUACUCUAAUAGGAAAGUUUAUUCUGCUUAGCCACAGAUUUUUUUUCUGUAGGAAUACCUGUCCACACAUUCCUAUAACAAGACUGACAAAGUAACUUUGUCCCUUUUUGUGCUUUUGGCUGGGCAUGGACAUAAAUUAGGAAAAUACAUUCAUUUUUACAUUACAAACUAUUUACAGGAAGCAACUUGCAGGAUAAAGUUUAAAAGAAAGGAAUGUAAAUAGUCAACACCUUCCAGAAACACGCAGUCUCUGAGGGGGAGCAGGCCUCACGCUGAACAGUUUACAGGUGGAAGUCUCACGCUCUGCUGCCUAUUGGCAAAAAUACAGAAGUAUUUUAUUCUACACUAUUUUAAAACCACUGUCACCCUUCUGCCAAUUUCUUACCGUUCCCUUGCGUAGCACGUGCUGCUUGCAGUCGUGUGGCUGCAUGGGACAGAAGCUGGGCAGGCACCGAGCCUGGCCCCGCUGCGGUGCCUGCAGGGAGCGGGGCACGCCGGGAGGUACUGCCUACUGCCUGAGAGGUGUCCCGUUUCUGUCCUACUAAUCCCAAGUUUGGCAGUUACAAGAAUAAAAAAAUACUACGUCGGUUUUAAUUUUUAAGACCUAGUCACAUUAUUUUUUUUAAGACCUAGUCACAUUAUUUUUAUUACUAGAUGAAGUAUCUCAAUAGCCAUCUUUAGAAGCCCUCUGCUGCUAGAAAUCAUGGGAUUUCAAGAAUUAAAGCCUUUAGCGUAGAAAUACCUAAAUAUUUCAUAAACACAUUCUCUUACAUUCAUAAUUUGUCUUUAAAAAGGAAGAACUUGCUGGUGGCUUUACAUUUCAGAGAAAGGUUGAGUCUGCAGCUUCUGAAACUGAACUGUCUUGUUCUGCUCCAGCUCUCCGAAUGCUUCAGCUACGAUUUGGUUUUCAGUCGCUGGCUGUUACUAUUCCACUAUUAAACUCAGUUUACUUUUAGGGUAGUCCACUAAAUGUAACAACGGUGGCAUUUUUUCCUGUCUGUGAUAAAUAUUUUGUAACUUCAAUAGUGAUAGACAUUUGGCAGAGUUAGCACAUUAAACACAAAAAUAAAUAGCAGUAAAUAGAUUUUGCUCCAAUACGUGUCUAGACUAUUUCAGAAUUACUUAGUUGUACAGUUCUUUGCCUCUUAAAGCAUAUCAAAGUGUUCUGACAAUGCAACAUCACUAUGUGCCAGUCUUUAUAUUGUUUGGAAACUAUGUAAAAUGUACAAUUUUAAAAGCGACUUUUCCACCUGGACUAUUUUCUCUCUGCUGACUUGAAGAAUAAACUUGUAUUUGUAUAUGUUGUAAAAAAAAUAAAUGGUUUAAGAUGACUCUGCUUUUGCCUUCCUGAAGUGACGAAGUACUGGCAAACGGCCCCCUUGCAACUUUCACAACUUAAAUCGCAUCCGUAUUUGCAACCACUUAACUAGAAAGAACUACCCAAGAGCUAUGGGAAUGAACCUCAACAGACAAACACGUGUGUUACCAUCAGUAUGAUGUACGCAGUUUUGUAAUCUACGUAGUAAAGUAUGUAUUUUCUAAUCGGUUAAUAGAGAGAUGUCUGUUUCACAACUGUUUGCGAAUUUAUGUUUAACUACUUGAAAUUUGGUGAAUUUGUCUGAUUAAUACUAAAAACAUGUAUUAAAACAAAAAUAAAUUACUUAUAAAACUGUAAAUAUCUGGAUAAAGGAC